AUGACGCACGGAGAUUUGAGUCACCAUCGGCAGUCGGUCCAUGCCGCUUCAAGUCACAAUGGCAAAAUGGACGACUGGAACGUUUUGGGUGGAAUCCUGGAGGACGUGCACGCGCACUCCACAAUGGUGGGAAAAAUGUGGCUGACGCUUUUGCUGGUGUUCCGCAUGCUGGUUUUGGGCGUGGCGGCCGAAAACGUGUGGACGGACGAGCAGGACCACUUCGCGUGCAACACGCAGCAGCCGGGUUGUCGCAACGCCUGUUACGACCUUGCUUUUCCAGUCUCGCCCGUACGCUUUUGGGUGCUCCAGGUGGUCUCCGUGGCGUCCCCCUCGCUGGUCUACGCCGGUCAUGCCUUCUACAGGCUUAGAGUUUUGGAAAAAGCUCGACGUCUCCGAAAGGUGUCGCUCAGGAGAUACCUAGAGCAGGCGGAAGCAGAGGAAACCAAGCAACGAAUCGAACGGGAGCUGAAGCGUCUCGAACGCGGGAGGCAAGACAAAGCGCCUCUCAGGGGGGCGCUGCUGCACACCUACGUGGCUCACGUCUUCACACGUUCCGCUGUGGAAGUCGGCUUCAUGGCGGCCCAGUAUUUCCUGUACGGAAUCCGCUUGUACCCGCUGUUCAAAUGUCGGUGCUAUCCCUGCCCCGAAGCCGUCGACUGCUACGUGUCCAGACCUACGGAGAAGAGUUUCUUCAUGGUCUUCAUGCAGUUCAUGGCCGCUCUGUCCCUGAUUCUCAAUGUCCUGGAGCUCAUGAACCUAGCCUACAAGGUUGUAAAGAGGAGAGUAAUCCAAGCCUACGCAGAUGAUGAUGAAGACGAUGACACAAGUAAAAAAGUGUCCUUCGUGUAA